GUGGGAUGUUUCAAAAGAACAGCAUCACUACCAUGGAGUUCGACCUGUCGGCAGCCGUGGAGUCCACCUCCAAGAAGCCCCAGGGGGCAGGCAAGGUGGGAGACCCCAAGCACAGCCCCCCCAAAGUUCAGGGCGGGUCCGCUGAUAACCUAAAGCAUCACCACGGCCAUGGCCACGGCCAAGGGAGCACCUCAGAUUCCAGCAGCAGCUCCAGUGAUUCGGAAAAUGAGGUGAAGCCCGGCUCGGAGCCGCACAAGAGCACCCCGGGCAAGGUCAAGAAGCCCAAGGUGAAAAAAGAGAAGAAAAAGAAGGAAGAAGGGAAGAAGAAGGCUUCCCAUUGAUGGGCCUGGGCAGGGCUCAUUAAACCUUUGCUCGGCAAAAAAAAAAACAAAAACAAAAGAACAGCAUCUAUACUGUCUAUGGUGAAACAGAUCACCAGCCUAGACGGGAUGCAUGAGACAAGUGCUCGGGCCUGGUGCA